AAAGAAAAGCUGACAAAUGCAAGUGAAGACGUCAUCAAAUAUCCGCUCCCAAAUGGCCAAGUCCCAACUUUUUUUAAUUAAAAUUGCAAGUUAAGAAUAACUGGAGAAUACAAUCAAUCAUUUGUUGUUUCUACUUUCUAGCCUGAUCAGUUCAUCAUCCCGUCUGCAACAAACCAGUAGAAAUUUCGCCGGAGACAUGCCGGAAUCCCCUCGAUGUUGUCGGUGUUGCAUUAGCUUCAUUUUCUCCGCCGGCCUCACCACUGUCUUCCUGUGGCUCAACUUACACAUCGACCAUCCCAACUACUUCAUCCAAAACUUUCAGGUCCCGCCCCUCAAUCUAACUGCUCAUGACACCAGAAACGCCACCAUAGCCUUCAACCUCAAGCUCGCCAACGGCAAUAAGGACAAGGGGAUCUACUACGACGAGGUCAACAUCGCCCUUUACUACGGCGGCAUAAAUCGAACCAUUGCUCUUGGAAACACUUCCAUACCUCCCUUCUAUCAAGGGCAUAAGAAGAAGGCUAUAAAGGCGCAAACCAUGGAGGCCCGUAGAUUUCCCUUGCAAACCGCUCUGAAGGAGGUCUCCAACAACAGGACGGUGGUUUUCCAGGUGGAUUUGGCGACGGCGGUGAGGUUUAAGACCAUUUGGUGGAAGACCAAGCGGCACCGGAUGAGUGUCGGCGGGGAUGUCCAUGUCAACCGGGAAGGGAUGACAGCAGACAACAAAGACAUAGAGCUCAAAUCCAGCGGGGCAGAAUUCGGUUGCUAUCAUACGCCCGCUGCAAUGUUGGCUCUCGUCGUUUUGCUUCUCAUUCUGUGUUAGUAGCAUUUGUUUGUUCUUUUUUUUUUCAAUUUCUUGUUUCCUUUUUCGUUUCCG